GAGCACUUAAUUAUUAACAAUAUUGCAUUUUAAAGGAAUCACUUUUGCUGUACUCGUGGUCAGCAUAACAUUCUCUAACAACUAUUGGAUACAAAUAAAAUAAGUAAAAAACUGCACCCAAAUUUGGUAAACAAUGGACGCUCUUAAGGAGGCGUCGUUGGACAACGAAGAAGUGCGCGAGAUCUUAAAGAACACAACGGAUCUGCGUCAAUAUUCGCGGCAAAUCGAAAAGGAGUUCAAAGAUGUGGAAAACAAGUCUAUUGAGGAUUACAUUGCCGAGUCACAAAACAUUGCCAAUCUGCAUAAUCAAAUCAACGACUGUGACGAUGUGCUGGAACGCAUGGAGAACAUGCUGAUGAGUUUCCAAAGUGUUCUCAACAAUAUCAGCACAGAAAUAACCCAGCUGCAACGCAAAUCGGUGUCCAUGUCGCUGCAGUUGACCAAUCGACAGUCGGUUAAAGCCCAAUUGUCGCAAUUCAUUGAGGACAUGGCCGUAUCGGAGGAGAUGAUCAACAUCAUUAUGGAUACGGCUGUGACGGAGCGUGAAUUUAGCACCCAACUAAACGUGCUGAAUCACAAGCUGUCGCUGGUCAAGGAACUCAGCUUCAAGGAAUCCAAGUCGACUAAUGACGUCAGCGAUGUCUUGCACAAAUUACGGCUCAAGGCAAUGUCCAAGAUACGCACCUAUUUGCUGGAGCAGAUCUACAAGUUCCGUAAACCGAUGACCAACUAUCAGAUCCCACAGAAUGCCAUGUUGAAGCACAAGUUCUUCUUUGAGUUCAUUCUGUCUAAUGAGCGGCAUGUGGCACAGGAAAUCUGCAGUGAAUACAUCGAUACGAUGGGCAAAAUAUAUUAUUCCUACUUUAAGAGCUACUCGACGCGCUUGACUGGUCUCAAGUUUGAGGAAUCCUGCACUAAGGACGAUCUAAUGGGCAUAGAGGACAAUGCAUCCAAGGGUUUGUUUGCCAAAACGACAAGCCUUAAACACAAGAGUACAAUCUUUACCAUUGGCAAACGCGGUGACAUUCUUAACCAGCAGCUGGAGGCACCCAUUAUUGUACCCCAUGCACAGCUCAAGAAUCGCUACACAGUUGAAGCUCUGUUUCGUUCUGAGCAAUAUGCCUUGGUUGACAACGCUUGUCGGGAGUAUCUGUUUGUAACUGAAUUCUUUAUGGUCCGUGGCACCCAGGCACAAGAUUUGUUCAAUCAAAUCAUGGGCAAAACAUUGACGUUGAUGAUUAAAAAUCUGGAAACGUCCAUACAUGAUUGUUAUGAUACAAUAGCCAUGUUCCUUUGCAUACAUUUAAUCUUUCGUUAUCAGCUCAUGUGCCACAAGCGCUGUGUGCCUGCACUGGAUAAAUAUUGGGACUCACUCCAAUCGGCUAUCUGGCCACGUCUUGAGCACGUCUUUCGAUUGAACAUUCAAAGCAUCCACGACUGCGAUCCGACAAAGUUUAAUAAGGAAAUGGGUCCACAUUAUAUUACACGUCGUUAUGCUGAAUUUAGUGCUGCCAUUGUGGGCAUCUCUGAGCAUUUUCCAAAUGAGCUGGUUAGCCGCUUGUUACUGGAUCUGCAAAACGAGGUGGAAUGCUUUAUUUUACGUAUGGCGGCAAUAUUUGCCACACGCAAAGAUCAAUUGAUCUAUCUGAUAAACAACUAUGAUCUCGUGCUGGGCGUGCUCAUGGAGCAUACGCGUGACAACUCCAAAGAAGCUGAGGCUUUCCGAGAGCAAUUAAAUGCACGCAGCGCUGAGUAUGUUGAGGAGAUUCUCGCUCCCCACUUUGGCGGCAUCAUACAAUUUGUGAAGGAGUGCGAGCAAUACUUUGAAAAGGAUCAGCUGGACGAGUUGCGUAAACAAGAGCGAAGAAGUCUCGGUCUGGUUGCCAGCUUCUCUGCGAAUUGGAAGAAAUCUCUGGAGGAACUUAAUCGCGAAGUGCUUUUAUCGUUUCCAUCGCUGCUGACGGGUUCGCAGCUUCUGCAACUGGCAUUGGCCAGUUUAGUGCAAUAUUAUCACCGCUUCCACAAGCUAUUAACGCCAAAUGCGAGGGCUCAGCUUACGAAUAUCCAUGUGGUUAUGGUUGAAAUAAAAAAGUAUAAAAGCAACUAUUGAGCGACA